CAUAUUUACUACCUCCAAAAACGAUGUUGCAUGUUAAUAUCUAUGGAGUCCAUAGAGAUCCCAAUUUUUGGCCAAAUCCAGAGAUAUUUGAUCCAGAUAGAUUUUUGCUUGAGAAGAUCCAAAAUCGUCAUCCUUACUCGUAUUUACCAUUCAGUGCUGGACCACGUAACUGCAUCGGUCAACGAUUUGCUAUGCUGGAGAUGAAGGUAAUAAUAGCCUCUCUGAUUCAUAAUUUUUACUUGGAACCCUUUGAUUAUUUAAAAAAUGUACGAUUAGGAGCUGAUUUGGUGAUCCGACCUAUUGAUCCGCAUCGCCUAACAUUUAUUCCAGUCGAAACAUAAACAUUAAAAGAUAUUUC